AUGCAGGAAUAUGAGUCAACUCAAGGAAGUCAGGUAUUCAAAAGUAAGGAUGAGUUGCUCAACUGGGUACGUGAAGUUGGAAAGAGAAAUGGUUUGGUCAUUGUAAUCAAAACAUCAGAUUAUGGUGGAGGGAAAAAAAGGCCCAAGAUGUAUCUUGCUUGUGAGAGGAGUGGCCAAUAUAGAGUGAAAAAGAAGUUAAAACAUGAUGACAACAACACAUCAAGAACAACUGGUACGAAGAAGUGUGGUUGUCCUUUUGAUAUGAGGGCUCACAGGUUUACCACAAAUGAUGAAUGGACAUUGACCGUAGUAUACGAAUUACAUAACCAUCCACCUGCGGAGCACCUUGAGGGACAUUCAUAUGCGGGGAGGCUGUCAAAGGAUGAGAAAGCAUUGUUAAUAGAUAUGUCAAAGAGCAUGGUUAGACCAAAAGAAAUCCUAGUAACCUUGAAACAGCGAGAUGCCCCCAUUUACAAUGUACGCCAUCGAAACAGGGUGAUACAAAGAGUUGGAAGAUUACAGAUACAACACUUAUUAGGUGAAUUGGCCAAGUAUAAUUAUAUUGAGCUCCAUCGAUGUGAAGAGUCCACGAUGACUGUGACAGACUUGUUUUGGGCACAUUCUACCAGUUUGGACUUAUUUCUGUUUUUUCCAGAUGAGCGUCUUAAGUCAUUACUUACGGAAUUCAGUAGUUAUCCCGAUGCAGUCAACUACGUCAUAGAUACUUGGUUGGUUCCUUACAAAGAGAAAUUUGUGGCGGCAUGGACAGACACGUGUAUGUAUUGUGGCAAUGUUACAACCAACCUGGUUGAGAGUGCACAUGCAAAACUUAAAAGACAAUUGGGUUCAUGUCAAAUCUCAUUUCAGGCAUCAUUUGAGAAAAUACACAGUCUGCUUGAGUUUCAACACAUUGAUAUCAAGGCUUCAUUUGAGAAAAGUCUAACUGUUGUGCAACAUCAAUUCAAACCUUCUCAGUUCAGGGAGCUACAGGGUAAUAUGUCUAUCUUUGCAUUAGAGUAUUUGCUUGUAGAGAGUAAGAGAGCCAAUUCCAUUAGUAUUCACGUGGAAGCUUGUGGAUGCGUCCUUCACCACACUUAUGGUUUACCUUGUGCCUAUGAGAUUGCUGACUAUAUCAGACAAUAUCGUCCUAUACCACUUGCUACCAUACACUCACAGUGGAGGCAACUUCAUAUCUCCAUAUGCAAGAAAGAAGAGGAAACGGAGAUGAGUUGUCAUGCACAAGUAGAGUUGUUUGUGAACAAGUUUAAUGAAAGUGAUAGAACCAUGCGGUUGGAGCUUUUGAAGAAGUUAAAAAAUAUUGUAUAUUCGGGAAGCACUUUUUUUGUUGAGCCGGAGGUGAAGCCCAAAACACGUCAUCGGGAUCAUAAGAAGAUCAAUGUUUCUACCCGUCAUGACCCGUGUGCAUUUGAGUUCGUGCAAUCUGGACAUGAUUCCUUCUCACCUAGGGACACUCAAAUCACUACAUUAGCUUCUACUCUGCAAACCAAGAAGAAGCGACCUGUUAAGGGAAAGGAGAAGGUGAAUCCGAAAGGGAAAGCAUACAUUACUAGAACAGUGAAACCUGGUGCAUAUGUUGAUGCUUUCCUUACUGGGUUAAAACCAUACAUUAAGUUUGUCAAGGAUCAGCACGGCCCAGAAAUUGUGUCACUAUUCCUAUGUGUGUCUGCACAUCGCUCCAUCGUCUGCAUGGACGGAGCCAUCGCCUGGGUUUUUAAUUCGGAAACCGCUUUCAGACCGGUGAAUAGAGCAUUUUCGCUAGACUCUAAAGCGUUGAUGAGCCGGAUUAAAUUUUUGGCUUUGUUUUCGCCAACGACCAACAAGGACCAGUGCAGCAGUAAAAGAUCCGGCUCAGUAUUGCACAUGCAUGUUAGAUUGGCACAUCCUAUCAUUCAGGCUGGUUAUGAGGACGAGAUUCGACAUCCUCAUCGACUUUACCAGGCUAUCGAGGCUAUGCGUAUGUCCUGA